AUGGAACAACAAUUCGGCUCGGGCGAGCGCCGUCAGCCACCAACAACCCACACUCCAGAUGCCGACCGGGACGGUUUUCAUCACCAUGGCCCUUUCUUCCCAGCAGAAACAUCUCCAGCUGCCGCCGGCCCCUCGUCGGCGGCGGCGCCGGCGUCACUAGGGAGACCGCCACCCGAGGAUGAGUUCAACAUCAAAUUCCUCGGGACACAUCAGAUGCUGUUUAACAAAACCGCCCACCAGAACACGCCAUACUCGGUUGACGAGCCCGAAAGGUAUGCCGAGGUCAGCGGGCUGGCGUUUCCACAAGUACUGCCGGAAGGAACCAUGGCCGGCGGGAGCGCGACGACAUCGCCUUCGGUCAUGGGAACUUCUGCGGUCGUCCCCUCAACGGUACCGCCAAGUCUGGCACCGAGCAGUCGGAAGGGCACCGUCGAUCCAUACGCCGAGUACUGGUCUGCAAAUGCAGAAUACGACCCGAACAACUCGGCAAAAACACCAUUCCUCCCCAUGUACUCAUCUCCAUCUACAUACCAUGCAUCGACGCAUACUGAGCCUGUCACACACCUCCCCGAACCCGACGAAUACUACGGCCCGCCGCCGGGUGAAUAUUCCAAAUCUUGCUACCAAGCACAGUACAACGCGCCUUCGAAUUCACAAUUCGGCUCACAGUUAUCUAGGGAAGGCAAUCCCUACCCCGGAGGCGGUCAAAUCGUGAAGCCGUGGUGGAAGCGGGAGAUGAUAUGCGGAUUGCCUUCCAAGCUGUUCUGGAUAAUAGUCGGCUGUGUGGUGGCGGCGAUCAUAGUCAUUGCGGCAGUCGUGGGUGGCGUACUCAGCAGUGACGCCAAACGACGGGCUAGCCAGCAGAGCCCAGUAGCUGAUCAGGGCGCGAUCAACCCUGGCUUGAACUUACGAUCAGACUCGGAUAUUUCUGCUGUCAACUGGACGCAGCCAUCGGGAGAGGUCAGACAUGGAGUCUUUACGCAGGACACCAACCAGGGAAUUCAGCUGUCAGUACAAGAGGACGAGCAGUCUUGGAAGACUUACAAUGUUUCCAAGUUCUUGGAAGACGCUGGCAAACCAAUCAAUGUCAAGCGCGGCUCACCUUUGGCCGCAGUUGUCAGUGGACCGCCAUGGUACAACUUUGAGGUUCGCCUGUAUUACGUCGACGGAGACUCGUUUCAGAUCCAGGAGAUCAGGACUACGGACGUCGGAUACCAGAAGUGGGAGCGCGGGGACCUACCGAACAAGCCGAACGAUCCCAGCAGAGAAGCGGGCAAGACGACGCAGAUCGGUGCCGUAUGGCAUCGCUGUGAUCAGUUACCCACCUGCACCGAUCAUAUUUACGUGACGUAUCAAAACACGGAGAGGACCAUCAAGAUGCUCAACUCCAGCGACUGGACCAAACUGACUUCGUUCGGAUCAGAUACCUUGUCUCGCUCAGCGGUGACCAUGUCGGAGUUUUCCGAGUCUCGGGUUGAGGCUAGUGAGAUACGGAUGUAUUAUGACAACCAAGGGACUCUUUCCGAAUACAAAUUCAAUAGAAACCAACAGUGGGAGCCAGGACAACGAGUUGUGGAGAACAGUGUAGACAUCAGCGCGCCCAAGCUGGCAAGCGCGCCUUUUAAGCAAUCCAAACGCAUGCUGUUGCUGCAGAACGACGCCGACGGCACUCUCUACUGCCACGUGUGGGACCAAGUGACCUGGACACGCAACCGCCGAGCGCGGUUCCUCGGCGGGCCAUCGCAACUAAGGUUUUCCGCUCUGGCACUGGAUCGAGACAGACGGCUCUACGGUGUCGAGCUCGCGUCAGGUGGAGGGGCUCCAGCCAUUCACGCGCUGAAGUGGACCGAGGCGGAUCCGUUUUCGUUUGAAUACAUCGGCCAAAUAGGUGGCCGUAGAUGA